AAGAAUAUAAAUAAACCCCCUCCCUCUCACUCCAAAAUUCAAAUCCAAAUCCAAAGAAAUCAGAAAUUGCUGUCUUUGCUUCUCCCCUUCCGUCUUCCUCCCUCUACAGCAAAAGCAACCCUAGAAAUGGCGAUCGCAGCUGAGACGCAGUCGGAGCAGCAACAUCAACCCAAGGCUCCACCUGAAGGCACAGGCGAGGAGAAACAGAGGUGGACUCUCAAUGAUUUUGACAUUGGAAAGCCUCUUGGGAGAGGAAAAUUUGGUCACGUGUAUUUAGCUAGGGAGAAGAGGAGCAAUCACAUUGUGGCGCUAAAAGUUCUGUUCAAAACCCAACUAAAACAAUCUCAGGUUGAGCACCAACUUCGCCGUGAAGUUGAGAUACAAAGUCACCUCAGGCAUUCAAAUAUACUGAGACUUUAUGGCUACUUUUAUGAUCAGAAACGAGUGUAUUUGAUACUGGAGCAUGCAGCUAAGGGUGAACUUUACAAGGAAUUGCAAAAAUGCAAAUAUUUCAGUGAAAGGCGUGCUGCUACUUAUGUUGCAUCAUUAGCUAGAGCCCUCAUAUACUUGCAUGGAAAACAUGUUAUACACAGAGAUAUCAAACCAGAGAAUCUUUUAGUUGGUACUCAGGGUGAACUUAAAAUUGCUGAUUUUGGUUGGUCUGUGCACACAUUCAAUCGCAGACGGACGAUGUGUGGCACUCUGGAUUAUUUACCGCCUGAGAUGGUGGAGAGCGUUGAGCAUGAUGCAAAUGUUGACAUUUGGAGCCUCGGCGUCCUCUGCUAUGAGUUCUUGUAUGGGGUACCUCCCUUUGAAGCAAAGGAACACUCAGACACUUACAGAAGGAUAGUGCAAGUUGAUCUGAAAUCCCCCCCCCGAAGCCCAUAGACUCUCUUUUUCAUUAAAAUUAUUUAUUAUUUAAUAAAAUUAUCACUGCUGGCAAUUCACUUUGUCUUGUUUCUUUGUUAUUGGGCGUGCAGGAUAGUGCAAGUUGAUCUGAAAUUCCCUCCGAAGCCCAUAGUCUCCUCUGCUGCAAAAGACAUGAUUAGUCAGAUGCUAGUAAAGGAUAGUUCGAAGCGCCUGCCACUGAUCAAGGUACUUGAGCAUCCAUGGAUCAUCCAAAAUGCGGAGCCUUCUGGAAUUUUUAAGGGUUAAUCGACCCCUUAUAUCACUUAAAGGCCAAGUCUGUAUACUUAUGUCUCAAAAUCAGUGUUUUGUGUAUCAAGUGGAAGUAAAUAUGCUGUUCUAUCAAAACAAUCAUUCUAUUUUACAUUUCACAUUUUAUUUGUUGACCUCUAGUUACUAUCAAUUCGUUGAAAUAAGAUAUUCAUAACACACUAAACAAUGCGUCCUCAUUACGGAGUAUUUUACACCGUUUCUAUCAUAGCCAACGUUAGAACUACUUUUCGC